ACGCCUCUAUGUUCAAGGAAGGAACACCGCUUCAUACAUACACUGUUGUUAGCGACUACAGCCUAUUUCGUUGCUGACAUUUCCAUUCGAUAGCACUUCUCUAAACUUUACUUUUCCUGAAAUCGCUGGUUGAAUCUUCAUGUAGAGGAGCGUCGGUCAAGAUCGGUUGCACUGGUGUUUCAAGUUGUUGUUGGAGGCAGCCGCGCGAGCUCCUAUGAGCAUGAGUAUACGAUGAAGAGGCGAGUGGAGGACCAGGAAGUGAUAUUUGCUCCCCAGCAACAGCAUCCACAUCGCACCCCAGUUCAAGGCCUUUCAGAAAACGUCCAGCACCGGGCCCUCGCCCCAGCCCUCACUGGGAUAGAGGUGGCUGCAGAUAGCAUGCAGCCAUCAACCGGCAUUCAGUAUUCUCUCCCACAGGGAUACCAGGUGCCUACCAUGCCUCAGAGCACAAGUGGACAUGGACACAACAGCACUGCACCCUAUGUUGGUCCUCAUGUACACAACCUUGCAGUCCAACAGCAGGUCUCUGCAGUUGUGCAAGGUCAUGUCCAUCCAUCUGCACCCAUCACUUCAACUCCCGGGCAGCAGCAGCAGUUUCAGCGACUGAAGGUUGAAGAUGCCUUGUCUUACUUGGAUCAAGUGAAAUUGCAGUUUGGAAAUCAGCCCCAAGUUUACAACGAUUUCCUUGAUAUUAUGAAAGAAUUCAAAUCACAAAGCAUAGACACUCCAGGAGUCAUCAACCGCGUCUCCCAGCUCUUUAAGGGCCACCCAGACCUCAUUAUGGGUUUUAACACUUUCUUGCCACCGGGAUACAAGAUAGAAGUACAAACCAAUGAUCUGGUUAAUGUGACCACACCAGGGCAGAUCCACUACAUCACCCCGCAUGGCAUCUCUGUUCAGAACAUACCUGCAACUGGAGCAUCCAGCCAACCUUCAACCCAACCCCAGCAACAGAGUCUGCCCCAGGCUGGCUUGCACACAACCACAAUCCCUCCUGUCGCAGCACAGCCUACUGCCACCAAAAUCAGCAAGCCUGUUCAGUCUCCAGCCCAUACACCAACCAGUCAGCCCAAUCCAUCCAUCCCAUCUUACGCCUCACCGCGCUCGCCCUCAGUGCAAUCGCACACCCCUGUCAGCAGCACACCAUCCAGCGGGCCACCGCUCCAAAACAAUCAGCCGGUGGAGUUCAACCACGCCAUAAAUUAUGUCAAUAAGAUCAAAAACCGCUUCCAGGGCCAGCCAGACAUCUACAAGGCCUUUCUGGAAAUCCUGCACACAUACCAGAAGGAGCAACGAAAUGCUAAAGAAGCAGGUGGUAAUUACACCCCAGCACUGACUGAACAAGAGGUUUACACUCAAGUGGCAAGACUCUUCAAGAACCAGGAGGACCUGCUGUCAGAGUUUGGUCAGUUCCUGCCUGAUGCAAACAACUCUGUGUUACUGAACAAGACUGCACCAGAUAGAGCAGAGUCGGUCCGCAAUGAUCACGGCGGUACGGUUAAGAGACCCCUGCUGAACAACAAACAGCGGCUGAGUCAGAACGGCCUGCCAAUCAAGAGACCUGCUGGAAUGAGUGCCACGCCCCCUAUCAAGAAGAAGCCCAAAAUGAUGGGGAAGGACCACAGCCUGACGGAAUUGGGAAAAAUCAGCACCAGCACUGAAACCAUGUUCUUUGAGAAGGUGAAGAAGGCUCUACGGAGCGCAGAGGGAUACGAAAACUUCCUCCGCUGUCUGUACAUCUUUAACCAGGAAGUGAUUUCGCGCACAGAGCUGGUCCAGUUAGUUAUUCCAUUUCUUGGCAAAUUCCCAGAGCUUUUCACGUGGUUUAAAAACUUCUUGGGUUACCGAGAGUCCAGUUAUGGGGAGACGAGCCACGCAGAGAGUUUGCCUAAAGAGCGAUCUACAGAGGGAAUUGCCAUGGAGAUUGACUACGCUUCAUGCAAGAGGCUGGGGUCCAGUUACAGAGCACUGCCCAAGAGCUACCAGCAGCCCAAGUGCACUGGAAGAACACCACUAUGCAGAGAGGUUUUGAAUGACACAUGGGUGUCUUUUCCAUCGUGGUCUGAAGAUUCCACCUUUGUGAGCUCAAAGAAGACUCAGUAUGAGGAGCACAUCUACAGAUGUGAAGAUGAACGCUUUGAGCUGGAUAUUGUGCUGGAAACCAACCUCGCCACAAUAAGAGUCCUUGAGACCGUUCAGAGGAAGAUAUCUCGCAUGUCAGCUGAAGAGCAGCUGCGCUUCAGACUAGACAACACAUUGGGUGGUUCCUCAGAGGUCAUUCACCGAAAAGCCAUCCAGAGGAUAUAUGGAGACAAAGCCCAUGACAUCAUUGAUGGGCUCAAGAGAAACCCGGCAGUGUCUGUCCCCAUAGUGCUGAAGAGGUUAAAAAUGAAAGACGAGGAGUGGAGGGAAGCCCAGAGAGGCUUUAACAAAAUAUGGCGAGAGCAAAAUGAGAAGUACUACCUGAAGUCGCUCGAUCAUCAAGGCAUAAACUUCAAGCAAAACGACACCAAAAUGUUGCGCUCAAAGACUUUGCUGAAUGAAAUUGAGAUGUUAUAUGAUGAGCGUCAGGAACGAACCUCCGAGGAAACGGGGACACCGCCUCCGAGCAGCCCGCAUAUGACCUUCACCUACGACGACAGUCAGAUCCUGGAAGACGCUGCCGCUCUGAUCAUCCAUCAUGUCAAGAGACAAGUGGGCAUCCAGAAAGAGGACAAGUUCAAGAUCAAACAGAUAAUCAACCACUUCAUCCCUGACCUCCUGUUUGCGCGGCGUGGAGAGCUUUCUGAUGUGGAGGAGGAAGAGGAGGAGGAGGAGGAAGAAGAUGCAGAGGUGGACGAGGGUGGCCCCAAAAAGCACAACGGCCUGUCGGGCAGGAGCCCCGUCAAGUCGAAGCUCCUGUUCAGCAACACUACAGCUCAGAAGCUUCGGGGCGCAGACGAUGCCUACAAUUUGUUCUUUGUGAACAACUACUGGUACGUCUUCUUUCGCCUUCAUCACAUUCUCUGUUCCCGUUUGCUGAGAAUUUACGGGCAAGCAGAGAAGCAGAUCGAGGAGGAGGCGCGCGAGCGCGAGUGGGAAAAGGAGGUGUUGGGGCUGAAAAAGGACAAGAAUGAACACCCAGCAAUCCAGUUGAAGAUGAAGGAGCCAGUGGACGUAGAGGUGGAGGACUACUACUCUGUGUUUCUGGAGAUGGUGCGGAAUCUCCUGGAUGGGAACAUGGAGCCAGCCCAGUAUGAGGACUCCUUAAGGGAAAUGUUUACCAUCCAUGCCUACGUUGCCUUCACCAUGGAUAAACUCAUUCAGAAUAUUGUGCGGCAGCUCCAGCACCUCGUUACUGACGAUGCAUGCAGCCGUGUCAUGGACAUGUACCUGAAUGAAUGUGCCAACAAAGGCACAGGGGGCACACUGUCCUCGCAGACAUCCAGGGCCGCAGCAGAGGGGGGCUACCAGCGCAAGGCAGAGCAGCUUAUGUCCGAUGAGAACUGCUUCAAGGUAAUGUUUGUGAAGAAAGACGGAGCAGUCAGUCUGGCUCUGGAGCUGCUGGACACAGAAGAGGAGAACUCCGACGAGCCAGCAGAUGCUCAGAGGUGGUCAGACUACAUGGGCAGAUACCUGACCUCAGAUUCUGCAUCCCCAGAGUUACGUGAACACUUAGCGCAGAAGCCGGUGUUCCUCCCCAGGAAUUUAAGACAGAUACGGAAGUGCCAGAAAGGAUGGGAGCAGGUGCAGCAGGAGAGGCUGUCCAGGAGCUCCUCAAACAAGCCACAGGAGGGCAGCAGAGAGCUGAACAUGGAGUGCAUGUUCAAGCUGAACUCCUACAAGAUGGUCUACGUCUGCAAGUCCGAGGACUACAUGUACAGACACACCGCACUCACCAGAGCUCACCAGUCCCACCAGCAGGUGAACACGCGUCUGCACAGGCGCUUUCAGACCUGGCUGGACGCCUGGGCCAAGGAGCAUGUGACGAGCGAAAUGGCUGCAGACAACCACAAGUGGCUGAUGGGAGACGAACGCGAAGGACUUUUGUCGUGCACCACCACUCGCUGCCCCGAAGUGCUCCACUAUCUUAACGUCAACAAGUACCGGGUGAAGUACAGGACGCUGUAGGACAAAUCUGUGCGCAGCAAUUAAGACGACACACUUUCAAAGCUAAAGUUUUUGUUCAUUUUGUUUGUUUCCUAUCGCUGUAUUUAGUUGCCAAAUUCCUGUUGGUGGUCCAUCCUCAUUUUAAAAAAAAACGUUUAAAUGAUUCCUUUAUGAUUUUACAACCUAUGUAGACUAAAGUUUUACAGGAGCCUCCCAUCUGAGCCCUUUUUAAAUAAAAACAAAGAAAUGUAAAUACGUUGGAGGGAGAACAUGCUUCUGUACCCGCUCAAGUGUUAUUCAUGGUUUCAACAAGUUUGACCUUUUCAGAAACAACUUCAGGAAGAAUGCAGAUCUCAAGGACGCCUCCCAACUUUACGGGAAAUGAAAGGACCUCUGCCCGGGUCUUUUGGUAACAAGUGCCCCCUGCCUCUGGUUAAAGAGUAGACUCUUGGACUUGAAUGGGACUUCUAUCUGUAAACCUGUACAGCCUGUGAAUGUUCUCACAAACAUACAUGUACGUCUACAAUGGUGUGGUAGAUGCUUGGCAUUCAUACAAUGCCAAUUUUGUGCGUCCAGUACAAUAAUUUAUAACUGCCCGAACAAUUCCUGUAAAUAUGUUCAUAUCUAGAUGAUUUUUUUUUUUUAAAUCAGGUGUCAUUUAUGUGUAGCAGACAUUAACACCUUUACCCAGCAGAGUUUUAAAAAGAUAGAAAGCUUUUAACUUUUUUUUUUUUUUUAACCAAAGGAAGAUGCUCAGAAACCAGUUUUUUUCUUCUCUUAUUUAUGAUCUGUGUUGUCCCUGAAGUGUUUCUUUUGUAGAAGAGUUGUUUAUUUUUAUGUGCUGGGGUUCCUGUCUGUGCAUUUCUACCUUCAGGCGUCAGCAGCACACGUGCUGAUUGAAUGUAGCUGAGCAGCCAUUUCUCCUCAUCCCAGGACAGGACACUUGUAUGCCCCGCCCCGCCCCGCCCCGUCAAACUGCCCCAACCAUAACAAGCAUCUCCUGCUUUUUGUGAUACGGCCAGAAUCUGGAUCCUCAUUAGGUGGUUUUUCAACAAGAACUUCUUUGCGAGUUUGUCUUAUGGCGGAUGCUUGGUGAGUUUAAGGAGGUCAGCCAUUGUUGGAGGGAGGGUGGAGGUUCCUUUAAGGGUUAAAAACCAGCAAUAAUCCCUGGAGUGACAGUUUAUGGAAGCUGUUGGUUUGUUCGUCUCGCUGGAACACAAAUGUGAAUGUUAAGGGGGGAAACACACACGUCCCACCUGUGGCUGGACAGCGAACCUCUCAGAGCAGGAUUUUACAAAUGUUUUGUGACAAACAUUGACCAAACACGCACAGAAGCAGGCUCCACUGGCAAAAAGGUUUCACUCCCGGCAGCAACACAAGCGGCUGCAGACAAUCCUGAAACAGUUUAAUACUUGGGUUUUUAUUUUUAUAUUCACCGUGUUUAAUAGAGAAGAAACACACGCAGGCUUCCCUCUGGGAGCUGAUUGUACAUACAGAUACUGUUUGUACCUUGUUUAUUGUGUCACUUCUGGACUUUUACAUUGUUGUAUAUGAGUGUUAUGGUGUUUGGCAUUAAACUAUUCUUUGAGUAGACAGAAA